UGCUGUAUACUCAUUCCAUUUAUACUGUUUAACCCCCAUCCAAAUCCGACCCACUUAUCUUCAUAAAAUAAAAUAAAAUAAAUAGAAUAAUGAUAUAUAUUAUCAAGUACAUGACAAAUUUCAAAAAAAAAAAAAAAAAAAAGUACAGGAGAAACUAAGACGUUUGUGGAAUAGUGGAGAACACUCUCUCCAAUGCAGCCAUGAUACUACGAGAUACAUCUUAUGUGCUCUAUAUAUUGUACUUAUCACAAUCCACUUCCCAUCAACUAAAAGUCCUCAAAAUAUCUGAGAAAUUUCUGUGUAGUCAUCUCAAUAUAUUCUGAUCAGGUGAAGAAAUAGUGAAUCAUGUCGCUUAUUUCUUGGGACCCCUUUGAAGGCUUCUCAGGCACCCUCGCCAACCCUCCGACCUCUGAUCGUGACAGUACCCCUGGCUUCGUCCAACCACAAAUCGACUGGAAAGAAACCCCCGAGGCCCAUAUAAUCAAGGCUGAUCUUCCGGGGCUCAAGAAAGCAGAAGUGAAGGUUGAGCUCGAAGACGGACAGGUGCUCAAAAUCAGCGGUGACAAGAGAAGAGAGCUGGAGGAGGAGGAGGGGAAGAACAAGAAGGGCAUGUGGCACCGCGUUGAGAGGACCGUCGGAAAGUUCCUCCGCCGUUUUAGGAUGCCGGAAAAUGCAAAGAUGGAUGAGGUCAAGGCUAGCAUGGAGAAUGGUGUUCUUACUGUGGUUAUCCCUAAAGCGGCAGAGAACAAACCAGUGGUGAAGGCUAUUGAGAUUCCAGGCUAA